CCGAUCGAGAUGGACGCCGAUAUGACGGACAAGGAGAAGCUCGAGUAUUUCAGGAACCAAGAGAAAGAUUACAAGAGGAGAAUUGACAGGGCGAGGCCGUGUAUGCUGCCAUUUCCAGUGCAUAGAGAAGUGCUUCAGAUGUUGAGAGAUCAGGGGAAGGUGAGUGCAAGGCUGUUGCAGAAAAUUAGGGACAGGGUGCAGAAAUGGUACCAUGAUGAAGGGUAUGCUUGCGCUCAGGUGGUGAAUUUUGGAAAUUUGAAUACCAAAGAGGUCGUUUGCGAGGUGGUGGAAGGGGAUAUAACUCAGCUGGUGAUUCAGUUCCAGGAUAAGCUUGGAAAUGUUGUUGAGGGGAACACUCAAAUUCCUGUGGUGAAGAGGGAAUUGCCCAGACAGCUUCGCCCAGGCUAUGUUUUUAAUAUUGAAGCAGGGAAGCAAGCUCUGAGGAACAUCAACUCACUUGCUUUGUUUUCAAAUAUUGAAGUGAAUCCACGUCCUGACGAGAAGAAUGAAGGAGGGAUCAUUGUUGAAAUAAAGCUUAAAGAACUUGACCAAAAAACUGCCGAAGUCAGUUCGGAAUGGAGUAUUGUUCCUGGACGUGGAGGACGACCCACUUUGGCUUCACUUCAGCCUGGUGGAACGAUUACUUUUGAACAUCGCAAUAUCAAAGGACUAAAUCGAUCUAUUCUGGGUACUGUGACAACAAGCAAUUUUUUGAAUCCCCAGGAUGACCUUUCAUUUAAGCUUGAGUAUGUGCAUCCUUAUUUGGAUGGUGUCUUUAGCCUGCGGAAUCGAACUCUUCGAGUUAGUUGCUUCAACAGCCGAAAACUGAGUCCCGCCUUCACUGGCGGACCAGGGGCAGAUGAAGUUCCACCUAUAUGGGUCGAUCGAGCUGGGGUUAAGGCUAAUGUUACUGAGAACUUAACCCGCCAAAGCAAAUUCACUUAUGGACUGGUGAUGGAGGAGAUAACCACACGGGACGAAAGCAGUAAUAUUUGUCCAAAUGGUCAGAGGGCAUUGCUUGGUGGAGGUAUUAGUGCUGAUGGACCACCCACAACUCUGAGCGGGACUGGUAUCGAUCGAAUGGCAUUUUUACAAGCAAAUAUAACGCGGGAUAAUACAAAAUUUGUUAACGGAGCUAUAGUUGGUGAGAGGAAUGUAUUUCAGGUGGACCAAGGCCUCGGGGUGGGCAGCAAGUUUCCAUUCUUCAACCGCCAUCAGCUUACGUUGACACGGUUUUUCCAGCUGAAGCAGGUCGAGGAAGGUGCCGGUAAACCACCUCCCCCUGUGCUUGUCCUCCAUGGCCAUUAUGGUGGCUGUGUAGGAGAUCUUCCAAGUUAUGAUGCUUUUACCCUUGGAGGGCCUUAUUCUGUGAGGGGUUACAAUAUGGGCGAGUUAGGCGCAGCACGAAACAUCCUCGAGCUUGCAGCCGAGCUACGAAUCCCAGUUAAAGGCACACAUGUAUAUGCAUUCGCUGAACAUGGAAACGAUCUCGGAAGUUCGAAGGACGUCAAGGGAAACCCAACCGAGGUAUACAGGCGAAUGGGGCAUGGUUCGUCGUAUGGUGCCGGGGUAAAGCUGGGACUGGUCCGAGUCGAGUAUGCUGUGGACAAUAACUCGGGCACGGGUGCGUUGUUUUUCCGUUUCGGGGAGAGGUUUUAAGAUAGUUAAAAUUUGUAUUCCAUUUUUGGUUAGCGUAGCCGGCUCAUUAUGUUUAGGUUGUGGGAGAAGAAUGUUGGAGCUGUAUUCUGGAGAUGAUAUACAGAAUCAAGUUAGAGCGAUUUAUUUCUUUGACACUUUUUUUUUACCAUAGCUUAUCUUGCUCUUCUUUUGUUUUUUUUUACUUUGUUACUUCCGUUUCUUAUCAAAAAAAAAAAAAAAUACUUUGUUACCUGUCUGAUUAUGGUAAAUUAGCUCAAGAGAUGCUAGAAAAUCAUCUAUGCUAGGUUGAUUUUUGUGCAUUCUGCUUGAACAGGGAUUCAACUUCAUGAACAAUUUUAAUGGAAAUUGGGACGUUCCUAAUUAA